AUGACAUUGUUCGACUUACUGUCUUGGCUUAGCCAUCAUGGCAGUUGGCUUUGGGAUUGGUUGAUGCGUCAGCAUUUAUUAGGUAUUAACCAAAAAGUUUCGGGGAAGAACACCAAUACGGCGAAGGCAGUUAACUAUCCAUCUCCUGACAUUGAGGCACGAAAGCGUGGGGAACAAAAAGGAUUAGAUACCCUUGUAGUCCACGCUAAACGAUGA